AAGAGAGAUAAGGAGGAAGAGAGCAGCAUUUUCGCAAUAAUAACAACAAACAACAUGUAAUAAAUCAAAUCGUAUAAUAUGUACAGGUUUUUGUUGUGCAUUACUUUUAAGUAGUAUACUUAACGCAUCUACAAGAGAUAAAAAGAUAACUCAACAAACAGUGGGUGGCCAAGAACAAGCAUCCAACCAACCAACCCAUCAACCAGUUGCUGUCAUUGGCCGGCAAGAGAAACACAACGAACAAAGAACCGUCCGAAGAUGAGUCUACUUGAACUUUUCGGGUUGUUGGUUAUACUUUACUACGUAAUUUACAUCUUACUAUGGAUUCUACUUGACUGCAAUGUACGGCUGUGGUGGAAAACACAUUUUGGUGUUUCGAUUUCCACAUUGCGUGGCCAGGUGGUGUGGAUUACUGGAGCUUCCAGUGGUAUUGGUAGAGCCUUGGCUAUAAAUUUAGCUCGUCAUGGUGUGCGAUUGGCGUUAUCAGCUCGUCGCGUUGAAUUGCUAGAGAAAGUGAAAGAGGAAUGCUUGACAGAGGCCAAAGGUCUGCUAGCAGCCAAAGAUGUGUUGGUGGUGCCAAUGGAUAUGUUGAAAUUGGAAAAUCACAAAAACUGUUUGAAUGAGGUUUUAAAUCAUUUCGGCAAAUUGAAUAUUUUGGUAAAUAAUGCUGGACGUUCUCAGCGUGCCAAUUGGGAAGACAUACAGGUGGAAGUGGAUCGUGAAUUGUUCGAAUUGGAUGUUUUCUCUGUGCUACAUUUGUCACGAUUGGUUGUACGUUACUUUAUUGAGCAAGCAGGUGGACAUGGUCACUUGGCUUGUACUUCCAGUGUUGCGGGACUGACUGCGGUACCCUUUUCGGCGAGUUAUUGUGGUGCCAAACAUUCGGUGAAUGCAUAUUUCGGGUGCUUAGCUGUGGAACAUCCAUCAUUAGAUGUGACAAUGUUCAAUCCAGGACCUGUUGCCACGGAUUUCUUGCAAGAAGCCUUCACGGGGCAAGUCAAUGAAAAAGUCGGUAAAAGUACAAAGGAUCAAAAACGUUUGACAGCUGAACGCACCGGUUUUCUCUUUGCCACCGCCUUGGCCAAUAAAGUGGAAAUGUGUUGGUGUGGCCUAUUUCCGGUUAAUUUCUUAGCCUACGUAUCACGUUAUUCGCUGUUGAGUUUAAUUGUACGUUAUGCCAUGUCUGGAAAAACUUUAAACAAAAUUAGAGAAGGUAAACUUUAGAAUUUACCUGCAGGAACGCAUGAGAUUUUUGGAGAACAAGAACAAGAUAGAUAAAGAACAAAAGUGGACUUUUAGAAGAUACAUACAUUUAAGAUAAAAUAUUUUGUAUACCAAAAAAUAUUGUUUUUAUAUAUUGCUAUGUAAUGAAAUUAACCUCAAAAUAUAUACAAUAA